GGUCACGUAAUAUUCUUAUCCCACUGGAAAAAACGCAGCUUGAUCAGUUCUUCGGAGAUCGACACGAAGUAGUUCGUUGACGAAUACGAAUAACGCCACGCUUCAUCGGGUGUAGCGCGAGCAUUACCUCCUUUUCGAGGAAUUUUUACUCUUGGUCGCACAUUAAGACUUUACACAAGAGCAAGAUCUGAUGAAAAAAAUGGGGCGCCGCGCGAUGGACAAGACGCGCAGCAAAAAAGCUGCGUGCAAUCCACCUUCCGGAAAAAAAAGACCUCCGGCUGCGAAGAUGAAGCAGACCGCCCCAACUAAACAAGUCGCGAAAGCACAAUGCGCUCCCAAAACCAGAACUAGCGAGCAAACAAAACCCGGCGCGGCCGCAAAAGUCGUUUCCGACGAUCGGUUCGUGCGUGCGAUGAAGGAGAUUCCCAAGGGGGAAGUUUGGUCCUUUCAGGAGUUGGCCGUGGCCGCCGAGCGCCAGGGACAGGGUGGCAUGAUGCGGGCGAGCAGCGUCGCGCACAGUAUUGUGUCCACCGCGCGGAAUAUUCCUUGGUGGCGGGUCGUGUACAAGCCCAAGACGGGGAAGGCCCUGCGCGGGUACUUGCAGAAGGGGAGCAGCCGCGCCACCGUCCAGGCGCAGCUGUUGCAGGCGGAGAAGGUGGAUGUCAAUAAAGAGUGGGUGGAGAAGCCGUUGGCCCCGGACGACCAGCUGACGCUGCGGGCCAAGGACUUGAAGGCACUGAAAGGCAGAAGUAGCUCUAUCACUACUUUAUCCGGUAGUUCAAGAAGUAAAUCUUCCGCGUUUUCUUCCCUGUUCAACGAUUGGGAAAUGCGCGUGGACAAAAUUGCCACGACCAUCGCGGAAAAACUCGGACGCGAAGGGAUUUUUGCGACGACGAAAAGCAGUGUCAAAGCGGGAGCUCCUGCGCCGCAGGGUAGUAGUACACAUAGGGCACUGUCUUCCACCAGCGCAGUAUCAUCUUCUUCCUCUUCGGACUGGGAGCCCAUUCGGGUGGGAAAUGUUUUCAGCGCAGAGGAAGUCGGUGCCAUUCUCGAUUGGGCCGCCGAGGAUGUUUAUCACCACCGAACCGUGCGCCUCGAGAAGCACAACUUUGGCAAGGGCGUUUACCACUACUUGGCGGAGUCCGCAUUUGUCAAAGACGCGAAACACAACUACGUAGGCAGCUCCUUGAGCCUCUUCCGCGAGCGUUUGUUUGAGACCCUGCUGCCCUUCGCAGCGAGGCUGUCGAGUGGUUCUAGCACCGAACUGAAGCAGCUCGCGGGCAAUUCUAGUACUUGUGCGGGGAUGAAAAAACAACACGCAGGCACAACAAGCGCUUCGUCUACUACGGCUCUAUCCCCCUUGAAGAAAUUCCACCGGCUUUGCGAAAAAAAGGGGCAGGCGCGGCCGAGCUCGCUGAUUUUGUACUACCGGGCGGGGGGCGUCAACUUCGCGCACCGAGACCUUUUAUCAAGUGCAAAAAUGUCUGGGUCUGGAAGAAAGGAAGGCUUGUCAUGCUUGUCUGGCCUGACCCAUGGUGCUUGUAAUGCAUGACCCAGCAUCACAGAUUUUUGGAAAGCUUCCUGAUGCCAUUUCCGCAUGACAAAUGCCCUCCUCGCGUAGCACAAAUGUGGCUCCUCUUGCAGGUCAUGCAAUACAGAUUUUUUUAGAGUUCAAAGUUAGCAUCAGAAGUUCCAACUUUCCAGACCCAGACAUUUUUGCAUUUGAUACCUUUUCGGCAGCAUUGCGUUUCCGUUCCAGGUGUUGGCGCUGCUCUCCAGUCCGAAGGACGAUUUCGAGGGGGGCCAGUUCUUCACCAAAACUGCCAAGGGGGUGUGCACCACCCACGAACUGCAGAUGGGGGAUGUGCUGGUCUUCGACCCGAUUAAGGUCACGCACGGCAUGACCAAAAUCACAAAGGGGCGGCGGGCAGUCUUCGGCUUUGUGUUUCACUUGGCGAAGUAAGCAGUGGGGGGACUCGAUGGGGUUUCGAAACGGCAAAGGUUUAGGAAAAAUACGAGCGCAGACUGCUUUUCAGUUCGCCUGAUCCCCGUAGUGCGGAAGGAAGAAAGACUCGAUAUGCCACUUGACGACGAUAUUUGCCAAGUACUGGCAAUGGAUUUUCAUUUUGCUUCGGAGCAAUCUCUAUCCGAGUUUCAGUUUCAUUUUUUUAAACCAACGCGAGGAGAAUCCUUGUGCGCCCGUUUCGAAGAAGGCAUUGUAAUGUAAGGCACGCGGACGCGGUGAUCAACAUGCUCGUGUUCAUUUCUGCACGCUAUUGUGUUUUUCCAAGCCGUUUCCGUUGUUUUCGUGGUCCGACGCUCGGCACGAGUUGCAAUGAUGAUGACCGCACUGCUGAUCUGAAAUCUGUUGACGCGGAAACUGAUUGUGGAGCAGACCAACGUCGAUCCAGCUUUUCGUUUUCUUUUUCGGAAAAAUUUUACAAACUGCGAAUCAUGCGGAGAAAAUGCGACGUGACUCCGGAGGUCGAGCGGAAGACGAAAUGCACUGAAAUCCUUGCGAAUAAUCCCCCACUCGAAAAUCGUUGUUCCGGCCGCAUGGUCGGACCUAAGAACUGAG